AUGUUAAAGCAGAUCAUUAUUUGUUUCAGGCUUGACCCUCCGAUAACCCAAUCACAGUUUGCGAUGGAGAAUAAGAAGGCAGCACCCGCUACGCAACAACCACUGACACAACAGCACCUUAUGGCUCAUCAUGUACAUGCAGACCAGAUCUAUUCACCGCAGCAUACACAAAUACCUCUCCAUAUGGCGACUCAAACGAGCCAGAUUCAACCGAACAGUGUGAUGCACCAACUUUUGCAAAGUCAGUACCACUCAAAUAUGAAUGCCCGAUCGCCACUUUUAGAAAACAGGCACGAGCUAUAUGGCACUGGAUAUAACAAUGAUUAUGCAAGGCAUUAUGGGGCAAAUGAUAAUUAUAAUUAUCCUCAAUCUCCCCCUAAACAAGAAAGAACUGAAAUUCAUACCGACCAUAAUAUCAAUCACGAUAUACUUCACAACAUGCCUAAAGGAUAUAAUGCGGAAGUAUAUCAGGAUUAUUUAAAACGUAACCCACCGAAAGAUACCAAUCAGAUAUACCAAAAUCAUCAACCUAUGUACAGGCUUAAUGCAAACCAAUAUAGUUCAAAACCAUAUCUUCCUUAUUCGAAUAGAAUAGGACCGCAAAGUAAUACAGAGUUGUUGAGGAGACAGUAUAAUGAAAUACAACAGAUGAAAAUGCAGCAACAAUUACACUACCAAAAUCAGGCUCAAAUGCAUCAACAACAAAAGUUUGCUGAACGUCAAUUGCUACUACAACAGAUUCACGGCGUCCAGCCACCACCUAAUUUACAGAAUAGCAUUUACUCUGAUGGGUCUUUUAGGGACCUUGACCGAUAUGCAAGCAAAAAUGAUUUUAAAGAUUAUGAGUUACAAAAAGAUGUUGAGGGCUACAGCAAGAAUAAUGAAACUCGAGAGUCUGAAAAACAGAUAAGACAAUACCAAGAUCCAAACCAAGAUACGCAAAGGCAGUUAAAUCAGUCGGUUGAUUUUAGAGAAUCAGACCGAUAUAGAAAACAAGAAGAUGAAAAAACAAAUAAUCGUACUCCAUCUACUGAUUUUAACAAUCAUUCACAAAAGAAUAAUGUAAACGUAGUAUCACCUAUGAAAUCUAGUGACUCAAGCACUCCUAGCAUAAAAUCUCCAUCAUCUGAAAGUCGCAGAAGUAGUAGUGGUACUCAAGCACUUCGAUCUCCAAUCGCACAAAGAGUACCCUCUGCGCCUGUUGCUAUGUCUGGUAUAUUGUACAAACAAGGCUCAGAUGGUCUCAAAGUUUGGCGAAAAAGAUGGUUCGUCUUGUCGGAAUACUGCUUAUUUUAUUAUAAAAGUCAGGAUGAAGAAAAGCUUUUGGGGUCGGUAUUGUUACCAUCCUAUAAAGUAUCUGCAUGUACUGCCGAAGACAAAGUGAUGCGAAAAUUUGCAUUUAAACUAGAACAUGCGAAUAUGCGAACAUAUAUUUUGGCUGCUUUGGACCAGGAAGCCAUGACAAAAUGGGUUAAAUUAUUGACUAUGGCUGCCCUUAUGCAAAAUUCCAAUGACCAGCCGCAAAGGAAUGAUCGAAUGACUGCGAAAAGUGAGGAUGGAGAAGAAGCAGGGCCUACUUACGCAAAUGCCCCACCUAAACCUAGAAGGUCUAAUGAAGGUUACAAUUCACCUAGUCCAGAUAUGUAUGAUCCUAACUAUGAUUUACUAAAAAACCCUGCUUCACAUUAUAGUCAAGACACUAAUAAUACUCGGUAUCACGAUUAUAAUAAUUAUCCUAAUAGUCCGAAUCAAGAGGCUACAUACACACGAUCGCCACAACCAUCAUUCAGUCAGCAACAAGCACAAUAUCAAACGAAAAGGCAAUACGAUACUCAUAACCUUUCAUUGCCAUUGACAAACACUAUAACGGAAAGACUUGAGAACAAUCAAUUUAAUUCACCGUCGACGUAUCAAUCUAAUCCUCAAUCUCCUUACUUUGAAAAUAGGAAUAGAAAUCAGCAGCAAUAUCAAGCGAUUCAUGAUACGAAGACAAAUAAAGACCAAAUUUAUGAACAACGAAUGCAACGCAACCCGUUUCUGCAAGAUGUUGUUCAACAAAACGAAACACCUGCCAGGGACGAAGAUUUACAAAAUAGAAGUAAUACUUCAGUCACAGAACAAAGCUGUCCCAGUUCAGGUUACAACGAAAGUUAUCCGGAGGCCCACACCGAAACUUCAUCCAAUGACAAAGAUGUGUAUGGAGAAUCAAAUAAACCGAGUAGAUCAGGCAGUAAUGUAAACGAACGACUAAUAGAACGCCGAACUCCAGAUGCUUAUGGACGGGCAUCGUCAGUCUCGACGUAUGCUAAAGAAAAAGUUGAUGAUUAUGAAGAUCUUUAUGCAAUUGAAAACGAAUACGGUAAAACAUAUGCUAAGUCACCGAAACAAAACCAAGCGCGGGAUAAUAUUAGUAUAUCUAGUCAUAAACAGGUACAAGAUCAAAAUUCUAAAUCUCAUCAAGAAAAGACCUUUAGUGGGCCUGCAGUAUUAAGAAGGAAAAAAAUGCAGUCAAGUGGAGUCCAACCUCCUAUGCCACGGCCUCAUAGUGCAGAUUUUCUUGAAUAUGAAUCCAAAAAUGAAACAUUAAAUAAAACAGUUCCUGCAAGAGCCGUGUGUGAUCCACCGCGCCAACCUCAGCGGCCUAAAUCGAGCCUUGAUAUCAAUUCAUAUUACGAUCCAAGUUCAGACAGGUAUUAUUCGGAAGAAAGUUAUGCAGAAAAAAUGCGACAAUCCGCCCAGUACUUGCAACAACAAGCUGCAGGAUCUCGAAACAUUCAAAUUCCAUUAGCUAAAUAUGCUAGUGGUUUAGCAGAGAAACAAUUAAAUUCAGCUUAUUCACAAUUUACAAAUAACAACUAUGAAAGUGAAUAUGGAAUAAAAAGAAGUAGCCGAGAUAAUCUUAGCUACAAUUCAAAAUAUAGUGAUAUCGAAGGCUUGAAUGCUAAUUGGACGUUGAAAGAGAAAGAAAAGGAUUACUUAAACAGAAGCGGCAGUGUAAUGAGUGAUGGUUCAAACGUCAGUGGCUGCGUAAAGAAUGUCAAUAAAUUUGAUUCUAAUGCUGAUGGAUUUAUGAGAUCAGCAAGUGCACGUUUACCAUCAUCUGCUACAGAAAGAGAAGGUGAAAAGAAAGUUCAACAGCGAGAAGAAUCCAUGAAACGACUUUUGGAGUGGAAGCAAAGAAUGCUUCAAAGUCCUUUGACUAGAAAAAGCACACCAGCGACUAUAUCUCUCGCACGAUCUCUAAGCCACAGUCGACAGUCCUUGAGAUCUGACCAGUACAAAUCCAAAACUUACGCAAACGCAUCAUAUAACAGCUAUUCUUCAGACGAUGAAGAGGAAACAUCGGGCACUGAUCUGCAAAUGAGAAAUACGCAGGCAGGAAGGUCUAAUAGUGUGAAAGUUACGAGCCCCAAUAUUAUGCAACCAAUAAACCCGCACGCGCCCUUCAUCGCUCAGUCUAAUGAAAAAGUCUUAAUUGAAGAUGAUAAAGAUAUUGUCAAUGAUAAUACAUAUGAAAACAUACUUUGUGAUAACGUUUCAAUAAAGCUAAACAAUAAUACAGACGAAAAAGAUGACAGUUACAUGCAAGUUAAUCGAAGUGAUUGCGAGCACGAAACAACAAAAGAAAAUGAAGAUAUCAGUGGUUAUGAAACACAUGAAAGUGAAGCAGAAUCGGAAACUUAUAUUGAAUAUACUGACAAUGAUUUGGAUGAAGUAUUACUAACAUCUGAUACAGAAAUUAAAAACGCUGGAGAUUGUGAUUUAAAUGAAUGUGAUAGAAAACAAAAUGAUAAAAUUUUUACCGAAGAACAAUUAAAGGAAAAAUCUAGCACACCCCCAGUACGACCUUUUGGGGAAGAGCAUUACCUUCCAAUGAGUCCACGUAAAACGUCCAUGUUAGAGCCUGCGCAUAAAACAAUAAUUCAAAAUUUAAGUGUUUUUGAUCAAACAAUGCCUCAAAGCUACGAAGAUAAUCCUUAUGUUGAAAUGAGUUUAGGUACCGAUGAAGAAGAUAUGCAAACCUAUGAAAUUGUUUGUGUUAAUAAUGGUAAAGUGGAGCCAGUAUACAUGGAAGUGAAAAAUGGAACUGUUGAAGAAAAUGAUUCGGAAAGUGUGAUUCUUAGAGAUAAAUCUUUAACGGAUACUGCAUCAAAUUUUGCUGAUACAAAACAACAAACAUUAAAAAGAGUUUCUAAGGGAGAAAAAACAAAAGAAAAAUCUGACUGUUCGGACGCUGAUGAUGAAGUAUCUAGAGACAUGUCACUAGACAUACCUUUUAAUAGAAUGAGUAUUUCAGACACUUUUCGUCCAGCGUCGUACUACCUCAGCGGAAGUAGAACUAUUUUAUACACACAAAACAGUUCCGAUAGUGAAGUUUAUCCUCCACCUCCUAUACCAAGUUCAUCACCACCUUGUGAGGAACUAUCCGACGAAGCUUUAUCAAAAUACAUUUUAGAUAAGUUAGACAAAUCGGAUAUACCACAGGAUAGUUCAAUAUUAAAAAUGUUGACAAAUGAGAAUCAAAAAAAGAUUAAUGCUAAAAGAAGAACAACUUCGCUAAUGAUUUAUGGAAGUCGAACUGCUAUACACGAUACUCUCACUAGGGGUGAAAAAAUUCGUAAUAGUAGGGCAAGUUUGGCAAAUGAAACAAAAAAAUCGAAAGAAUUUCCAUCAAUUUUACAGGAUAAUUUUAUAUCUGAGCAAAAUAUUUGUAGUGGCAUAGACACCGAAUCCUUACAAAGCUAUAACGCUGACAGGGGCUCUUCAAGAUUAUCAUUAGAGUCUGAUGUUAGCAGUAAGUUUGAUAUGAUACCUUCAAACAUGUCUUCAGAAGUAACUAGUGUUGGAAGUGAUUCGAUUGUAGAUUUAAGUCAUAUGUGUACGUUAAGAGAUAUUGAAAAUAUGAUCAAGAGGAGACCUCUUUCCGAUGAUUCACUUUUUGAGUUAAGUACAUCAGAAAAUAAUAAUCGCAAUGAUUCUGUAACUAAUAUAGACCUUGAUAGAUAUUUAGGAAAUUUGCAACCCCUUUCAAGUGACAUUGCAUGUGAGAAUAAUUAUGAAAAUUCCCACGUUAGAGAUUCAUCGCGUGGUUAUCGUUUAGUCAACAAUGAUGAUGCAGCUCAUACACAAGUGCACACUGCCAUACAUCAGCGUUGUUCUAGUACCCCUAUUAACCACCAUUCUAGUUCCGAAGAUAAAAUUAAUAUUAGCACUCAAUACAGAAAACUAGAAGAACAUGUUUCUGGUUAUAUAGGAUCACAAAGUUCUUGUAGUUCUGUUGGUUUAGCUAAGUCUCCAAUAUCUUUUUAUUGCAAAAAUAAUGAUGAACGAACGCUUUUAAGGAAAAACUUAAAUAACGAACCUUCAACCAAUAAGAUAAAAGAAUUUGAGAAUGAAAAGUUUACACCUAAAUGUGGAAUUGACACUAACGCUUCAUCAACAUCCACUGGCUUCCACAGUAGAGAAAGUUCAACAGAACACAGUGCACCUUAUUACUACUCAGAUCUUUCAUCACAGGAACAUGUAAAUGUAUUACCUACUUCUCACUUCCUGAAAAAUACUAACCUUCAUCGAAAACUUAAUAAUCAAAGACGUAGAGGUCCAUUACAGAAAAAAAAUGAAAUAUCACAUAUCCAUAACCCAAUCCGAAGUAAUCAAGUAUUGAUGUCUGAUCCUUCUUUUGAAUUAGCAUCAACAGCGAGAAGCGUUUCAGUUGAAUUCUUAAGUGCAGCUGACAAAGACUCAGAUAUUGACACAAAAAAUAUUUAUGAAUCUAAUGGUGGAAAAAGUUCUAAAAUACCUGAGUCGAUGAAUUUAAUAUCAAGCCUUGGUUGUAAAAGAAGUUCUAAUCAAAAUAACAAUGACCAAAACUCGCCGCGAGAUUUAAGUGGUUUAAAUCGCGUUUCCUUAAACACAAGCUCAAUACAGUUAUCAUCUGCUAGUAUGUCUUCACAUUGCAGUGGGAAUUCAUCAAAUACUGUUUAUUACGAUGCAGAAGCAGAAGCAAGUGCAUAUGAAAAUGUUUUAUGUCAAGGUGAAAAGCACUGGGAUGAGGAUUCUUUAUGGAGAGACAAUUUGAGACGUGUAUCACAUCGACAUGCUCGGUCUAUGGACGACUUGGACACAGUACCAGCCGAACCACUAUCAAAUCGUUCUGGAAUGGAUUCAUGUGGAAUGCAUAGUAUCAAACGAAUAAAGAGAAAUGCUAUUAAUAAAAUAAACCGGUAUGCUACAUAUGUUAAUUCAGAAAUUCAAGAACAAAUUCCGCGACGAAAAGAUCAUUAUUCUGGCCUGCAAUAUAUGUACUCAGAGGAGGGAGAAAAAGUGGAUGAUAAUGACGUCUAUGUAAGUUUAGCAGAAGAUUCUGAACCAUGUAACGAGCCAUCCGAUGAAGGUGUCUAUGAACAAUUAGCAGUUGGACCUAUAGAAAAUUCAAGUUUAUUGUCCGAAUCGGUAGUCCAUAAAUGUAAAUCCCAAGAAAAUAGUCGAAAACAGUUUGAGAUUGAUAGGGAAAAACUAAGACAGUGGGAUUUAAUGUCUAGUGGCUUAAUGAAAGGACGAGCCGGAGGGGCGCAGGGUGUCGGAGUUGGUAUGGUUGUGGGGGAAGUUUUAACGGACAUCAGGACAGACAAUACAAGCAAUGAAGCUUCCACGACAAUGCCCGCAACAAAUCUGGAAACAUCUAACAAUAAUAACUCAACUCAACAAACAUUGUCAAAGAAAGCUUUUCUCGGAAGCAAUACUUCAAUUGGCAGAAGCAAUAGGGAUGCUAAUAUACCAGUUCGCGCUGUAAGUCCUAGGGUGAGAUGGGUGGAGGAAAAACAAUCAAAUGAUCAUUACAGCGCCCAACAGAUGUCAAAUUCGCAGCAAAAUUUACAUGCGUUAAAUACAGCACAAAAUUCAUGGGUGACUGCAAGAUCACCAUCAAGGACAUUACAACAACCUAUCAGUGCAGUUAGUCCUCGUGUUCGAAGGAACGUAGACAAUGAUGAUUUGCAAUGGGACCUGCAGCCAAUAGGUCAAGGUGACCAACUAAGUAAAAACCCAACGGCUGGAGAACUCUUGGGUAGAACUCAUGAAGAAUUGGUCUUGCUAUUGAUACAAUUGAGGAGACGACAUGCAGCGACACAUCGUUCAAUUGAGCAAUGCUGUGCACAAAUUAGUAGUAUAGAGGAUUGUCUCAGUUCCCUAAAGGCAAUGGAGCGUGAAGAAAGCUUGCAACGUUUGAAUCAAUUGAAGAAGCAACUAAUGGAUUUAGAACACCAAUAUGAAAAAAGCAAGCCUUUGGUACAGCUGGUCGAUAAUAUGGUUAAAUUAGGAUCACUUUAUAACAGACCUGGAUCUACGAUUGAACGUUUAGAAAGAAAUCAAAAAUUAAGACAGAAAGUGCUAGCGGAGCACGCACUAGAACAACAAAGGUGGUUGGAAAGUGCAGCUGCUGGAAAGACCUUGGAAACCGAAGCCGCAAGAGCCAGAGUUGCUGAACUAUGGGCUUUAGAACAGGAACUAGCAGAUGAGGCAGCCAUAUUGCAAGGACUGAAGACUGAUAAAGAUACGAUUGAUACUUUAUUAAGAGGAGUACGCAGUCGAUUAGAUAACGCACCGAGGGAGGAAAUACGUACCCAAAACAGUGGCGGUGGACUAGAAGCGGAACUUGCGCGCGUGCACGCCAUGUUGGCGCACAAUUCUAAGAAAUUGGAGCAAACUGUAGCGGACAACGCUCGUCUGGAGCGCGAAUUGCAGCAACUGCGCCGUGCGCUACAGGCGCGCCGGGCCAGCGCGCAUGCGCACGCGCCGCACACCGCGCGUCCCACCGCGCUGCUGGAGGAUGAGGUAUCCCGCGUGCAACAGUUAGUGUCAGCGUUACAGCGGCAGAGACAAGAACUAUCGCGGGCCGUCCGCCAUCUUACUCAGCAGUCGCGCGCGUUGCAGACUACUCACGACUCUAUGCCUGGUAAACGCCGCUCUACUACAUCCUGGCAAGAAACGAACUUAGAUACGGGGCACACAACUGACCACGGGCAAUCGGAUUAUGAUUAUGAAACUACCUCAUUAGUUCCCCCGGGGCAUUAUGAAAGGAGCCAUGUAGAUGUACCACUGUAUGUGGACACGCGGGGUCCCGGGGCUGAUGUCACUUCACCUCUCACUAGUGAAGAUAUGCAGCACAAUGCUUUUAGUAACUUAUCCAACGUUGAGAAGCAAGAAAUAAAAACGGUCCGAAUCGUAAAACGAGAAAGUGAAAGACGUCAGAGAGAUAGGGAGCGUUCACUUCAGCCAAUGUCCGAUUGGCCCGGUAACAAUAUCACUGCCAACCUCGACCAAUUUCUAGAAGAGGAAUUGGUCCAACCUAUUAAUUAUACCAGAGCUUCGUCCUUACCGCGAACUGAUUACAGCAAAUACGACGACUAUUACACAAAAUCACAAAACGUAGACCCACCGAACUAUCUGCGAUUGAACGAUAAGAACAUGGAACUCAGUCCCAAAUACCCUUCCAGCCCCUCACUCUCCAACUACGAUUACUCCCGUGACGUAUCUUCCGUGAGUAGUAGCUACCACAAAAGCUACGAUAGAUCUGGUUAUGACCGCACGAUAUCACUGUCUACUCAAUAUUUGAACAGUCCGACCGACAGCUCUCGAACCUUAACCAACGACCCUUUAUCGAAAACUAGUAGCAUCGUAAGUCUUACAAGAUCCAAUAUGGAGCUGUCCCCCAUAUUCAAAAGCGAGGCCGCCAAGCAGAUUAUCACAGAGAUGUCUGGUGACGGACACAAAAAUGGCUCUAUGCAUAGGAGGAAAGUGCCUAAAGAGAAGAGGCGUCAUUACACCGCUCCACAUCACUUAAGUGCCAAGACUUUAAAUGAAAUGCCAAAGGACGUAUUCAAUCAAGAUGCGACGAGCCGGUCGUUGGACGACGCGGACAUGGAGCGCGCACUGCGCGGCGGCGCGCCGGACGUCGUGCGCUCCGCGCUCCCCGCACUCCCCGCGCGCCGCGGACCAGACUCCAUCGACCAGCUGCUCGCCGCGCCGCAGAAGAUACUCAUCCCCGAGCGGUACAUCCCCGAGAAGCCACCAGAAUUGUCACCAGAAGAACAACAAAAGCGACAGGAAAAAGUAGAGUCUAUAAAGAAAAUGCUAACCGAUUCCACUGCAGACUCCAGCAAGAGCCCGGACGGCGAAGAGAAGAGGCAACGCAAACAUUUGCUCCAGAUGAACCAGAUACUAGCCAAGCAGGUCACCGAGAUGAGCAAAAUUAUCGCUGUGAGAGCACUAGAAGAACUGCCACUUCAAGACAAUACAGAGGACUUGGACGAUCGCUCUCCUGAUGUAGAGUUGCCAAUUUAUCAACAAAGAGACAAUUUCUUCACUUGA